GCAGCAGGGAGGGAGUGCUCAGCGAGAGCUGAGGGAGCCGGCUGAAAGGUUGACGUUUGUGUGCCGGAGGAGCGGGGCGCAUCCCUCGGCUUACUCGGGGCCGGGCCAAGCUGUGAGCUCUCCGCGCUCAGUGGCCCGCUGCUGGCAAGCGAUCUCGGCGGGGGCGCACGUGCUGCUCGAACUGUCUCCCGCCUCUGACCAUUCAUGCUCCGGACCAUGGACAGACUCAGCGUGUUGGAUCAGCUGCUUCCUGAGCUAAAUGUCCUGCUCAAACUCUUGGACCAUGAGUACCUGAGUUCCACCACAGUGGAGAAGAAAAACACCGUUUCAAAUAUCUUGCAGAAACUACAGCCUCCUGCAGGGAAGGAUGUGAAUUACAUGUAUAUGAAUACGACAGCACUGAAUAAUGGCACUAGUUUUGUGGAAUCACUGUUCGAAAAGUUUGACUGUGACUUGGGCAAUCUUCAGGACAUGCAAGAAGAGGAUGGGGAUGGUAAAGAAGGCAUCAGCUUGGAGCUUUCAAGGAGCCAAUCAGCUAAAAGUGUUGCUGGUGAGCCACCUCCACCACUGCCCACCACUCCUCCUCCUGAAGAUUAUUAUGAAGAAGCUCUGCCAUUGGGCCCAGGCAAAGCCCCUGAGUACAUUACAUCUCACAAUAGCUCCAGUCCCCCCAAUUCAAUAGAGGAUGGAUACUAUGAGGAUGCAGAUAGCAACUACCCUGUCACCAGAAUAAAUGGAGAGCAGAAAAACUCUUACAAUGACUCUGAUGCAAUGAGCAGCUCCUAUGAGUCUUACGAUGAGGAGGAGGAGGAUGGAAAAGGCCAGAGGUUAACACACCAGUGGCCAUCAGAGGAAGCUUCUAUGAACCUGGUGAAGGACUGCCGGAUUUGUGCUUUCCUGUUGCGUAAGAAGCGCUUUGGACAGUGGGCCAAGCAGCUGACAGUCAUUAAGGACAACAAGCUCCUGUGUUACAAAAGCUCCAAGCACAGACAGCCACACCUUGAAGUUCCUUUGAACAUUAGCAAUGUUGUCUACGUGCCAAAGGACGGACGCCGCAAGAAGCAUGAGCUGCGCUUCUCACUUUCGGGAGCUGAGGUCCUAGUGUUGGCGGUGCAAAGUAAAGAGCAAGCUGAAGAAUGGCUGAAGGUGAUAAAGGAAGUGAGCAGUCCCAGUGGAGGAGGACUAAAUGGAAGUGAAGUUCCUCUAUCUCCUACGCUUACCUACAGGAUGGACCAUGAUAAGAAGUCAUCUCAGGAUAAACAUACGUCUGACUCUGACAGCAUAGCAACAGCAGAAAACUGUUCUUCUGUGGCCCAAAGGGAGAGCCAUGAGCAAGGGAAAAGCAAAAAAAGUGGCUUGGCUGAGUUGAAGGGCUCUGUGAGUAGAGCUGCUGGGAGGAAAAUAACCAGGAUAAUCAGUUUCUCAAAGAAAAAGGCUUCCCCUGAAGACACCCAAACAUCCUCUACAGACGAAGACAUCCCAUGCUGUGGCUACUUGCAUGUCCUAGUUAACCAGUGCUGGAAGGAACGUUGGUGUCGUUUAAAAGGCAACAUACUUUAUUUCCAUAAGGACCGCACAGAUUUAAGGACCCAUGUGAAUGCCAUUGUCUUGCGGGGUUGUGAGGUGGCACCAGGACUGGGCCCCAAGCAUCCCUUUGCUUUCCGCAUCCUUCGCAAUGGACAAGAAGUCUCUGCCUUAGAGGCAAACAGCUAUGAAGAUCUGGGACGUUGGCUUGGAUUGCUGCUGGUUGAAACUGGUUCCCAGACCACUCCAGAGACCUUGCAUUAUGAUUAUGUAGAUGUUGAGAAAAUAGCCAACAUAAUCAAUGCUGUGAGACACUCUUAUAUGUGGGCCAGCUCCUCUCUUGAGAACCAAACAGAGUCAUCUCGUGUAUUAUAUGAUGAAGUCCCUUAUGAGAAAGUGGAGUCAGAAAAGUCAGGGUGGUCAUCAGGAUCCCAGGUGAAGCGCCAUGGCUCUUCGUGCAGUGAGAAAUCACGUCGCGUAGAUCCACAAGUUAAAGUCAAGCGUCAUGCAUCAAAUGCCAAUAAUUACAAGUAUGGAAAAAACCGGGCUGAGGAAGAUGCUCGAAGGUUCCUAACAGAGAAGGACAAGCUGGAAAAGGAGAAGGCAUCCAUUAGAAAUGAGCUUAUUGGUCUGCGUAAGGAAAAGCGAGAACUACGGGAAGCUAUGAAGAGCAAAUCAGGGAAAGACUUGAAAGAGCUGGAACAUCGUGUCGCAACCCUAGAGGAGCAGUGCAAAGCAAAUGAGGCACGGCGGGUGGACCUAGAGCUCAAGCUGACAGAAGUGAAAGACCAGUUGAAGCAAUCACUAGCUGGAGGGCCAGCUCUGGGGCUAACUGUAAAUACCAAGACUGAAAACAAGGACACUGUUACCCAGCCAAAUGGAAGUCCCCCAGAGCACUUGGUCCCAGUUAACUGUGCAGCAGAAAUGAGGAAGCGAAGCCCUUCUCUCCUUCCUGCCAACAAAGGGACUGUGCUACAGAAAGCUAAGGAAUGGGAAAUGAAGAAAACAUAAAGGAUCUCUGGGCCUUCAUCCCUGAGAAAACUUCUCUCAAACACAGGGACACUCUUGAGAAAGGCUAAAGCACCACAAGCCUUUCACCCUGCAAAGAAAUUGCAGAAUACUGAGGAACUUGGUUCCUCCACAGUGAGAGCAGCCAACUUCCAGUAAAUGAAGGAUUAAAGAUUAAUAAGCAGACGAGCUUUUGAAAACUGGUGUGGGUAAGAGGGAGGGAGGGGGAAUUUGGGAAGCAGGGUGGGGGAAGAGAAAUCUUUUCAAGGAUGUGUGUGUGUGUGUUCUUAGAGUACUCUUUGUUGAGUGGCCUAAGAGGAGCAACUCAGUAGGGUUGGCAUGCCAAGCGUCUGGACUGAUCAUUUUGCUCUUGGUAACAAAGCAACCAGAGUAUGGAUAUUUUUAUGGUGGGGAUGAUGAUGGUGGUGGGGGGGGAUGAUGAUAAUGAUGUUGUUGUUUGGAGAUCCUCGUUCUAAAAAUAUCAUCUAAAACCUUGGGCAAAUUUUGUUGCAACUUCUCUCACACGGGAAGCCAGAUGAACAUCCCUCACUGCUAGGAAAUGAGGCAUGACACAGAAGUGCCUUAUAAUCAGUCCUCUUGGAGGAUGUUAUUUAAGCCCGAUUCUGUCAGCCUGAUUCAAAUCCCCUUGUUUCUGCCACUACAUCAGGGCAGCAACUGUUGAGCAAUGGGGGCACAAGGAGUCCCAAAGAGAGAAGUCCUAGAUGUUUUUAACUCAGGACUGUCAAUUAGGAAUAUUCUCAGUCUCUGUCUCAGGCUGCUAUUUAAGAUGUUCAGUGUGUCAAAUAAGAUCAGUAACAAAGGAGGACAUGGAAAGUUUUCUGGUUUUGAUUUGGUUUUACCCAUAAAGACAGAUUCUGACAUUCUGCCUCAACUAUUGUUACAAUUCCCAUCUUUUUCUACAUAAUCCAAUUUGUAAUGAGAAAGAACAGUGAAGAAAUGGAUGGCUAUAGCAAGAGAAUCAGCUUCUGCGAACAUGUAUGUAUGUAUGUAUGUAAUCUCCAGAGCUGUAUCUUAAAAAGUGCUACCUCUGGUCAAUGGGACUGCUGCUGAACUUCCCCCCAUAAAUCAGCCACUGGAAGGUGCUAUGUGUGUUCAUGAAAUAAGUUACCUUAUACUCCCAUUUCAAGAAGAUUCCUUCUUUUAGGGAGCAGUGGACAAGUUCAUUUUACUCUCAUUUUGCACUACAUGGAGGUUCAACUGCCUUAAUGUGUAUAAGGUCUCCGGUCAGUUUCAGGCUUAUUCUUGGAAGAUGUGAAGAAAACUAAAACUGGAGCACAGCCUGAAGAGGAGGCCUCAAGGAAAACCCCUAAUAAAUGUCUACAGUUCCUGCUGUGCCAUUCCAACAGACCAGAAAUUAUAGUGGUUUGCCUUUCAUUCAUAAACAGAGGUGGGUGGGUGCUUUUUUCUUUCUGGAUGCAUAUUGUGGCAUAUCUUUGAUUAUUUAAGAAUUGUCUGCACUUUAACAUCUGGAUCCUCUGCUCCACUGUCCCUCAAUAAAAGAUGAUCUCUGUACAGA